GAUACACCAAAUGGACAGUCUGAACCUCAGCUUUAAGGAACUUGAUAGUAUUAAGAGUGAAACAGCUCCAAGUCAGAUUUAUGGCUCAAACUUCUCUAAAAGGAAACCUCAUAUCAAUGGAAAUUACCCAAUGAACAGAACUCAAGAGCACAUACCGAGAAAUUCAAAGAAUGGACCUAAAUGUCGAAAAAUACGCCGAAAGAAGAUCUCAUGCAAACCGAUGCUAGUUGCUUCUCAAAUCCCUCAUUCUAGCUGAGGGAGGAACUAUCGUAGGCCGAUAUCAACUAGCCAAAAUUAUCGAAACAACUUGAACAGCUCAAUAUCGAGGGAUACUGGGGGAGGUAAAAGAACACCUUGGAAGCAAAGAGAUGACCUUAAGUCUCAACUCAAAAUGCGUAUUAAGACAAUCGAACACUACAGUAACAUAGAAUGAUUCAAAAAAAAUCCUCUAAAAUCUCCGAAGAGAUCUAUCCCUUUUGCUGAAAGAAGCAACACACUUGAUAGCUCUCAGCAGAAAACGCUCAAGGAGAUGUUCUUUCAGAAGAUAAAUUUCAAUCGCAAAUUGUCCAAGCAACAUAAGAAAAUGUUCCUGACGCAGAGCAACAAACCGAAAAGAAUGUUCUCCCCGAAUAGAACGAAUGUGAACAAAGUUACGUUAAAGCCAUCUACUAAUAAGAGGAGUAUCUCUGUGAACAGGAAUGCUCCAAUAAUGCGAAGGAAAACACUCAAGGCACGCAAACGUGUUGGUAGAAGUGUUGCCAAGAAAAAUAACCAGACCAACCAAACAUACUGAGUCGGAUAUUCUGGUGGCACCCAGUGGAAGAAUGUUUGGAUGACUAAACCUAAGAUCCUGUUUACCAACAUGCUUGUAAUAAAUGACAUGAAAAAGAAUAGUUCCAAGCCAACUCAGACAAAAUAAAGGGAGUAGGAAUAAGAAGCAUCAUUUUCACAGAAAUCAACUAAAAACAACUUCCACUACGGCUAACGAAAAUCCAUCACUUCUUAAGAAGCCAGUUGCUUUGGACAGCCUCAAAAAUUCUGGAGGUGUUGAGAUUAAUUCGAAGCCUGAAUUUCCGAAAAAUUCUAAGACUCCUGAAAUGCAGGCUCCUGCUCCAAAGAGUCAUAAUAGUGUGGCUCCUGUUGCAGUAACUAGCAAGAUUAGGUACAAGUUAUUAUUAGAUGACACUGAGGACCAGCCCAAUAAAUCUCGUGAGAAGAAAAACAUGAAAGAUUUAUGUAAUACAUUAAAACAACAAGCUGAAGAAUCAGAUACAAGCGAUUGAGAAAAUCCGAGUGAAAUUGUACCAAGCCACAAAGAAGAGAAUAAAGACAGCCUCCAAGCUGCUGAUAAAGAUUCUUGAUAUAGAUCGACCGAAAAUGGCUUACUGACUGAGCCUUCUUGAUCUCAAAACUGAGACGAUGAACAUAAAAAUAUUGAUGAUAUAAUAACCAAAGAUUUCGAACUGUACAUGAACACAACAAAGAACAUUAAUGGUCUUAACCUAGUAGGAGAGGAGACUCCUAGAGAUCUCUUCAAAAACUUGCACAAGAACAAGCACUUGGAUGAGAUUAAGUUCUAAAUCUCACCUAAUUUUUGCUAUUCAACCCCUAAUUUUUUUGAA